AAGUACAGUACUUCUGGACUGUCUCUCAGAAAUGACAACCUAUUGUAAACGAGUUACUUUUUGUAUCCAUACAACAAAUCUUAGAAUUUAGGUCAUUCUUUAAAACAAAUUCAACAAAAAUCACUCAAAAUGAGGGUUUUGGUUGAGCUUAUGAUAGUCGGUGUUUUUCUGUGUAUUUUUGUUCCACUUACCUUCUCUACAGAGGACUAUACGGAAGACGAGGAGAUGAUUAUCUCUCUGAUUCGCCAGGAUGAUAGCCAACCUGAGUCCGGAACCGAACCGUCCGCAGACUUCUACAGGUGUAAUAAGGACGCAUGGCGAAUGUCCGGUCAGUACAUAGUCGUGAUGCAAGAGGGAACCCACGACAACCACGUGGAUCGCACCAUCCGCAGGCUGCAAGUGAAAGCGGCCAAGCGCGGAUAUCUGAUAGAAGUGAUCCAGAAGUACUCCGGAGCUUUCCACGGCUUUUUGGUGAAGAUGAGCAGCGAUGUUCUACACAUGGCAGUGAAGCUGCCACACGUUCGGUACAUAGAGGAGGAUUCUUCUGUCUAUGCCCAGACCAUCCCCUGGAAUCUGAACCGCAUAGUUCAGAUCAAGCAUGAUGCUGGAACAUAUACACCACCCAAUGAUGGUUCCCAGGUAGCGGUGUACCUCCUAGACACCAGCAUACAGCUGAACCAUCGUGAAGUUGAAGGCCGAGUGCAGGUCACUGACUUUAGCAGUGUUCCCGACGAGGAUGGAGCUCGGAUCCACAGACAGGCUAGUCAGUGUGACAGUCAUGGCACUCACAUAGCCGGCGUGGUGAGUGGGCGGGACACGGGCGUGGCCCGAGGGGCCAGUGUGAACAGCGUGCGUGUGCUGAACUGCCAGGGGAAAGGCACCGUCUCCGGCGCACUGGCAGCACUGGAGUACAUUGGAGCAUCCCUGCUGGCCCAGCCUACAAGCCCACUGGUUGUGCUCCUCCCGUUUGUGGGGGGGUUCAGCCGCACCCUCAACAGCGCCUGCAGAGAGAUGGUGCGGUCCGGGGCCGUGCUGAUCGCAGCCGCGGGGAACUACCAGGAUGACGCGUGCCGUUACUCUCCUGCAUCGGACCCAGAGGUGAUCACAGUGGGGGCCACUGACCACGCCGACCAGCCUCUGAACAUGGGCACGACCGGCACCAACUAUGGCCGCUGCGUGGACCUGUUUGCCCCUGGCGAUGACAUCGUGAGCGCCUCCAGCGACUGUCCCACGUGUUUCACCACCAAGAGCGGCACCUCUCAGGCAGCGGCACAUGUUGCUGGCAUAACAGCGGUGAUCCUGAGUUCCAGGCCCAAUGCCACCUCCGCUGAGGUCCUGCAGCUGCUCCUGAGGCACUCGGUCAAGCAGGCGAUCAACCCAGAGGGCUUCCCCCAGGACCAGCGCCUCACCACACCCAACAUGGUGGCCUCUCUGCCCGACCCAGGCUCCGCGCUCACAGAAGAGGACCUGCUGUGCCGCUCAGUGUGGUCUGAGAUGUCAGGGACCUCUGCGUCUGACGCCGCGGGAACAAGAUGCCGGCGGGGAGAAGAGCUCUUCAGCUGUUCAAGCUACGCCCCUGGGGGAGCGCGAGGAGGAGACAAGAUAGAGGAAAGGGAUGGUGACAAGGAGUGUGUCGCCACCAACACUUUUGGAGGACGGGGCGUGUACGCGGUUGCCCGCUGCUGCACGUGGAGCCGCGGGCAGUGCCAGGUCAGCGCCAGCAAACAGACUGGCACCGAGGCGGCCUGCGGCAACCCUGAGCACCAGCUCACAGGCUGCAGUGCCCAUUCAGAGUCAGGGCCUGUGCUGGAUGCGGGGCGCCCUCUCCAUGGCGACCAUAAGGCGUGUCCUGCAGGUGAGGGGCUGAUGUCAUACGCCUCUUGCUGCCACGCCCCCAACUUGGAGUGUCACCUAAACGAGCAUGAUCCUCCUGGCUAUAGCGCACAGGUGGAAGUGUCGUGCGAGGACUCCUGGACGCUGACCGGCUGCAGUGCCCUCUCCCGCGGCUCCCCCACUCACGGCUCCUUCAGCAGGGCCAACACCUGCGAGACGCGCAGCUCCGUGGACGGCGAGGGGGCCGCUGCCCUGGCCAUCUGCUGCAGGAACCGCCAGCAGCAGCAGCAGCAGCAGCAGCAGCAGCAGCAGCAGCAGACCAACCACAGCAGCCACACAUGAGAACCUGUCUGCUGUCGGCUCAGAUAUACAUACUGCACACACUACACUAUACAUACUGCACACACUACACUAUACACACUACACUAUACAUACUGCACACACUACACUCCUCCACACAUGAGAACCUGUCUGCUGUCGGCUCAGAUAUACACACUGCACACACUACACACACUACACUAUACACACUGCACACACUACACAUACCGCACACACUAUACUCCUCUGCCGUCGGCUCAGAUAUACACACUGCACACACUACACUAUACAUACCGCACACACUACACUAUACAUACCGCACACACUACACUAUACAUA